AAGACUUUUCUGCUGCAGUUAGUUUUCAUGCCCAAUAAUUUAUUUUGUAAUAUACUAACGAAAUAUAUUUAAAUAAAGUGAAAAAGUAGUUUGUGCUUGUAUGUGUUUCAAUUCGAUCAAUAUUACACUUCAUAAUAUUCUCAACCACAAAUUGUAAUCGUGAAAUGUGUGAUGUCGGCAAUAGUCUGCUCUCUAAUUAACAAAUUUAAUUAAGCGAUAAUUAAACUAUCGGUGUGAGGCGCUGUUAAAGCAGAAUCACAGUGCUACAAGAAACUGAAGCUGUAAUUGCGUUAACGUAUCAAAAGUAAAAAAACAAAAAUUGAUUUCAACGCGCAGAAAAUGAUGGACGAGCAGCUAAUUGAUGAAGUCGCACAGCACGGAGUUAUUUUCAAUCGCCAAAAGUACUACCUCAAUGGUAGUAAUGGUCCUGGUAGUGGAGGGGGAAAGUAUGAAACAAAAGAUGAAGCUUGGCAAACGAUUGCAAUUAAAUUACGUACAGAUGUUGAAACUUGUAAGAAACGUUGGAAGUACUUACGAGAACGAUACGUUUCGCAACGCAAGCAAGGCGAUCCGCCGGUGUAUGAGCAUCUCUCGCGUCCCUACCUCGAAAAGAUGAAAUUUCUCGACCAGCACAUACAGCCACGCAAGUCAUACCGAAAUGUGCCCAAUUUUCUUACAUCCCCACACUCGGUGAACAGUUCCAAUUACAGUGAGUUCAAUAUGGAUUCGAAGUCAAAUGGCUCUAUAAAGAAUAUAGGGCAUUUUGGCAACUCUCAACAUCAUUACCACCAACCAGAUCAUCAGCACCCUAUGAAUGCAUUGAGUUCCAGCGCAGCGGCCACUUCGGCAACAGAAUCCGGAAACGGUCAGGUGAAAAUAGAAGCCGAUCAAAUGUUUCGCGAUUUUGCUGCUGCAGUAGCCUCACAACAACUCCAACAAAUAUCACAAACACAGCUGCAUCAUCAUCAAGCAGCUGCAGUAGCAGCGGCUAUAGCAGACUCUUCUCAAAACUAUAAUGAAAACUAUCGUGAUGGCAACAACAUAAGUGGGAAUAGUGUAACACAAAAUGGCAACAGUAGCGGUAUGGGUAUAUCGUCAUCCUCGUCUUCAAUGAAAUCACCAUUAUCUUCGCCAUUGGCUGGUGUGAAUGGCAAUCACAAUGGGACAAAUCACCACCACUCGACAAGUAGUGCGCAGCAGGCAAUCGCUUCAUCAUCCUCUAAUCAACUUACUACUCAUCCAUAUGGUGACUCCAAUACGGAUGAGCUGGAUUCUUCGACCGGCAGUAAUUAUCAUGCGAAAAAGCCACGUGUACAGCUGAAUUCCAAUGUUGGCAAUAUGUCGCAUAAUAACAAUCAUUCACAGCAUCAACAUGCUGGCUCCCAUAAUACCUCCAAUGCCACAAAUACACACUUUAUUGAUGAUACAGACGAUGAGUCCGAUGAUAAUAGUAAUGGUUUAUUGCAACCGCAAGCAAUACUCAAUGAUAAUCACAAUAAUCACUAUGAUAAUACGGCUUCGACUUCCUCCGCGGCGGCAAUACAACGCAAUCCCAGUUCCUCCAACAGCGGUCAACAACAACAACAACAAGGCAUGUUUCCCGCAAAUGCCGACUUUCUAUUUCAGCUUUAUCAGCAAUUGCCUCACCAACAACAACAAAAUAUAAAUACACCACAGCAGCAGCAGCAUUUCAACAAGUUUCAAGCACCACAGAAUCCCGCACCGGCGCGUUGUUCCGAGCACUUGUUGGGUGAAUUGGUAACAACAGAACUAUUAAAAAUGUCAAAAGAACGGCGCAAGCAUGUUCAAAAACGUAUUCUAGAAAUUCUAUUUUUUGAUGAUUAAACGCAACAAUUUACACAAUACUAAACGCCAAGCGACAUGAAGGCAGGCAAUAGCAAACCUCCGAGUGUAUUUCUGCCAUGAAAAAGCUCCUCAUAAAAAUAUCUGCCGUUCGGAGUCGGCUUGAAACUGUAGGUCCCUCCAUUUGUGAAACAACAUCAAGACGCACACCACAAAUAGGAAGUGGAGCUCGGCCAAACACCUAACAGGAGUGUACGCGCCAAUUAUUUAUUUUAAGUGACAUGAAUAAAGUUGCUUCAUAGUAACGCGGUAUAUUUUGCCAUCUCUCAACUGGACGCAGUGCAUAAAGUGUAUUCAUUCCACGUAACAGCUAGAUUUAAAGAUAUAAGAAUAAUUAUUUGAUUAUGAGUUCUCUAGAAUCUUAUUUUUAUGUGUGUAUGUAGAACCCACCUAAAUUAAAUUUAAAUCUUUUUUUUAAACAUAGUAAACUUAGAUGUGUAUCCUAUCUUUUCUACUCUAGUCAGUCUGUAAAUCUUGCUUAAGAGUAUCUGUUAUACAACUUCAAAGAAUUAUUAUAUCGAUAAUACCAGUUUUUCGCAUAAAACUACAAAUGUAUCCAUAUAUAUGGUUUUUUACUUGACGACUUUAAUUGUAUGCUCGCAUUUUUGUAUAACUAAAAGUUAUGCCAACUUCUACGUAAAUAAGUGCACGCAGCAGAAUUGUGACCCAUUUACUACAAAAUAAGAUACAAAAUAUAAAAAUAUGUCUUAGAUCUAUCGAUAUCGACUAUAGAUAUUACGAAACAAUAAAGAAAACUAUAAUUUAA